CAUCAUUUCAAAUCAGCGGCAGGAGACGAUUUACCAGCCGGGAAUUAUUCGUCCCGGAGCCAGCAGUAAACACGUCUCCAUCAUUAACAGUAGCGUCAAUAGUCGUAGAGCUUGUCAAUCAAGGCCAAUCUUCUCAUAUUUAAUAAUAUCUUUUCCCAUUUCCUAUUCCACAAGCAAAUGCCAAGUUCCCAACCAUAACAACUACCAUUCCGUCAUCACUGCCUCCAGCCACGCAAAGGCUUUUCUACCUGCUCCUCCAUCGUAGUAUUCCUGCACUCUAAUUGUUCAUCAAAAGUCCUCAACAAACACUUCCACUACUGCAACCGUCAGCCAAUCCAGAAGAGAAAAAGAAAACCAUUUCCUUUCUAACGUUUUUUUAAUGAUUUCUCUUCUUGAAAAUUGUUGUUCUCAUAACUGAGGAUCUUGAUGGCUUCGAAAUCUAUUGCUAUUUCCGGAUGUGAACUUCCUCAGCUAAGCUGGAGUAGAGUCUCCCUGUUUAAACCGCUGAAUUGGAUUGGGAGUUUGAAUACAGCGCGGAGAGAUGUGUGGUUUGGCGCGAUAAGGGCUGAAGUGAGUCAAUCUGUUGAUAGGACUGUGACCAAUGUUUCGGGAAAGUUGCAGAAGGAUUUUAGCUCCUUUCCAAGACCAUUAACUGUAGCUGAUUUUUCUGCUGAUCCAGAUGAUGGGAUGAAGGUGCGGAUAUCAUAUAAGGGGUUACCAGGUUCAUACAGUGAGGAUGCUGCAUUGAAAGCCUAUCCUAAAUGUGAAACCGUACCCUGUGAUGAGUUUGAGGAAGCAUUUAAGGCUGUUGAAUUAUGGCUAGCUGAUAAAGCAGUUCUUCCAAUUGAAUGUUCUAUAGCUGGAAGCAUUCAUCGCAACUAUGAUUUACUCCUCCGUCAUAGGCUUCACAUUGUUGGUGAGGUACAAUUGUCCAUUAACCUCUGUCUUCUAGCUAUGCCAGGUGUCAGAACAGAGUACUUGAAACGUGUUCUAAGCCAUCCACAGGUACUUGACAUGAGUGAUAUUUUCUUGAGUAAAUUAAGUGUAGCAAGAGAGAGUGUUGAUGAUGCAGCUGGAGCAGCUCAGUAUAUAGCCUCAAAUGAGCUGAGGGAUGCUGGUGCUGUAGCAAGUCGUCGAGCUUCUGAAAUAUAUGGGCUUAACAUAGUGGCAGAAAAUGUCCAGGAUGACUCUGAUAAUGUAAUUCGAUUUCUGGUUCUUGCAAGGGAUCCAAUAAUUCCAAGGGCCGAUAAGCUCUAUAAGACAAGCAUCGUAUUUACUUUGGAUGAAGGCCCAGGAGUGCUGUUUAAGGCCUUGGCAGUGUUUGCAUUGAGGGACAUAAAUUUGACAAAGAUAGAAAGUCGGCCACAGAGAAAGCAGCCAUUAAGAGUAGUUGAUGAUUCCAAUACUGGAAGUGCGAAGUACUUUGACUACCUUUUCUACAUUGAUUUUGAGGCAUCAAUGGCAGAGCCGCGUGCCCAAAAUGCUUUAGGACAUCUACAGGAAUUUGCAACGUUUCUGCGGGUUCUUGGAUGCUAUCCCACGAAUACAAUUGCUUUAUAGCUCUCUCCAUCAUAAUCAUCAUCCUGUAUCCUCAUGUUGAGGCCAGCAAUGGAAGAGCUAGUGAAAUUAUGCUUGGCCUUUGAUAAUAUAUGAUACCAGUUGAACGUGCUCCAAGUGUGUUUCAACUAAUUAAAUUCACUGAGGUAGGAACAGUGAUGGAAUGUAUCAUAUUUCCUGUAAUUUUUAAAAAAAAAAAUAAUAAUUUUUUUUUAUAA